UCGUUUUCGAAAAAUAUGACCAAAUGGAAUAAAAAAUGGCAAUUUGUUUAAACGAUAAAAUAAUGACCAUAUUUGGUCACAGAUCACCAAUGCGGCAAUCGUUAGGUACUUAGGUACACCGAGCGAGCAACGAAUGUAAAAAUAAAAGAUAUCUGUCAAAAUAAUGCACAGAAUUAAACAACCGAAAAAGUGUUCGUGUAAUAAUUCGCGCAUCACCGAACGACAUUUCAAAACAAAAUAGCCGAUUAAUCCGCAUUAAAUAAGUCUGCUUUUACACGAUGCCUCACGACUCACAUGAGUGCGAAAAAGAAAGCAACUAUGAGAAAAUGAGAUGCAGAAAAAAAUUUCCGGUGAGUCUCGGGCAAAUUUUUAGUAGACUCAUUUUGACGUUUCUUUUUUCUCAUAUUCGUUUUAUGCUGUUCUUUUUCAUUCGGUUCUCUUGUUGCUGGGAUAAACAACAUCCAAUUUUUUUGAAAGACAGAGAAGUGUGUAACUCCAUAUACCAAAUUUUAAAGGAGAAAAAAAAUAAACAAAAAAUUGCAACGGUAAAUGAUUGUAGUAUUCGCUCAAAACUAAACAGAUGGCAUCAAAAUUUUAUUUUCGGGAGAUUUGGAGUUACACACUUUUCUGUUUUCACCGACAAUAUUUGAAUUUAAAAAUGUCUUCCGAGAUUUGGACAGGGGAAUCCACAUUGGAUUUAAUAACAUUUUUUGAAAUGCACCCUAAUCUUUAUAAUCCUUGUCACAAGGAUUAUAUUGAUAGGGUUAAGAGAUGCGAUUCGUUACAGUCCAUUGUGGAUUCAUUGUUACCGACCAUGUCAAAUGUUAAUAUUGAAUUAAUUAAACGGAAAAUCCAUACAUUAAAAAACCAAUUUAGUCGCGAGUUCCGUGAAAUUCAAAAAAGUAAGAAGAGUGGCGCAGGCUUGGAAGAUAUCCUCGAACCUAAACUGUGGUGCUUUGACCAGUUACUAUUCUUAAAAACAUUUUGUCAAACGAAAACUUCGGUUUCGAAUAUACAACAGAGCCACGAAUUGGAAAGCAGCACUAGCCAACAUUGUGAGACACCAGAGCCGGAUGAUAAUGAAUCCCCAAAAGGAAAUGCAAAGAAAAGGUAUAAAAUGCAGUCAUCUAUUUCAAAGGAAAUUGCAGCAGUAACAGGACUGUUGCAGAAGAAAGUUCAGCAAAAAUCUCAAUACGCUUGGUUGGGGAAGCAAGUCGUAUUUGAAAUGGAUAGGAUACAGGACGAACAAGAUGGCAUCAUUGGAUUUCCCAUUUUUGAUCCCGAUCAUUCACGAGUGGACAUUAUCAAAUGGUGUUCUGACAUUGACACAAGAAUUGAGCGUGACAAUUUGAAGGAUUUUGAUGUUCUACAUCGUGUACGUUCUUCUUUGAUGGGGCGAUCAAAAGCUUGGUUCGACAAAUAUGGAUAUCAGCAUUACUCUUGGUCUGACUUACGAUCAUCUAUUAUUCACGCAUUUUCAAGUGGGACGGACAUUGUAGCUCAACUCAGAAAAGUUGCUACUUCCGAAAGCAAAGAAUUUGGAUCUUAUUCUGAUUUUGUGAUGGAAAAAGUAUCACAGAUAAACCGGUUACCAUUUGAAGUUCCAGAAGAUAAAAUUGUCAAAAUAAUUAUUGGUUGCAUUACAAAUUUGGGAUUAAAAAAUUCUCUGAUGUUUGUCAUGCCAACCUCGAUUCAAUGUUUAAUAGAUCAUUUAUCAUCUAUUAGUGAGCCACCUCGAAGACAACAAGAUGCAUCUGUAUUGAACGAUGGAAACACUAAAAGAUUAUUCAAGACCAAACCUAGUGAUGAAGACAACUUUGGGUUUCAGAACAAGAGGCCUCGCUUAGAGACAGAAAAAAAGUGCUUCAAGUGUGGAAAAGUUGGACAUCUCAAAGCAAAUUGCCCCCGAUUGAGUUCAGGAAAUCGUUUUAAGCAUGAAAGACUUGAGAAUGUUAAAAUAUGCUCAUAUUGCAAUAAAGCUGGACAUGAGGAAAGAACUUGCUGGUCUAAACAAAAUGCUGAUCAAAGAAAAGUUAAUUUGUGCAAUGAUGUUUUGAUGGCUGAAAAUACCACAGAUGUGUUCAUUAACGGAAGAUUAUACCAUUGCGUAUUGGAUACUGGCUCUGAUUGCUCAUUACUAAGAGCGGAUAUUGCAAAUCAAAUGUCACUGAAGAGGGUUGCACACUUUCUAAGCAUCCAAGGUAUUUCCAAGCAUCCAAUCCUUUUGACAGAAAAAGUGACUCUGCUGAUUGAAUUUGAAAAACUGAACACUGAAAUAACCUUCUAUAUAAUUGAAGAAAUUUAUCUGAAGAACGAAAUAAUAAUUGGACGAGAUGUUUUAAGUGAUUCAUCACUAGAAAUUAGAGUUGAUAUGCAUGGAUCAACUUUGCAGCGAAAAGACCAUCUGAUUUCAUCAUCUAACGUAUUAACAAAGAAGAUCUGUGAAGCCACUCCCGACCAAAACUUUCAAGUUGAAAGUUUGUUAAACAAAUAUUCUGCAUCCAUUGUGAAAGGAUUUCCAGUAACAGAAGUACAAACUGGUUCAUUGAAUAUUCGCCUUAAUCAAGAAGUAGUUGUAAAUUAUAGACCGUACCGAAUGGCUUUUUCGGAGCGAACAGUAGUAAGUCAAAUAAUAAGUGAACUAAAGAGUCAAAAUAUAGUUCGAGACAGCAGUUCACCAUUUGCCAGUCCAAUUGUAUUGGUGAAGAAAAAGAAUGGACAACAUCGUCUACGUGUCGACUAUCGAGCAUUGAAUCGUGCAACUGUCAAAGAUCGGUAUCCCUUACCACGAAUAGAAGACCAAUUAGAUCGACUCUCUGGCAACAAAUAUUUUACAUCUUUGGAUAUGGCGUCAGGGUUUCAUCAGAUACCAAUCGAAGAAAGUUCAAUAGAAAAAACUGCUUUUGUUACACCUGAUGGACACUUUGAAUAUUUAAGGAUGCCAUUUGGACUUGCCAAUGCUCCGGCUGUUUUUCAACGAGCUAUCAAUAAAGCACUGGGGACAUUGAUGGACAAAACAGCUCUUGUCUAUAUGGAUGAUGUUUUAAUACCAUCAUCAACUGUUGAGGAAGGAAUCAAAAACCUGGAUUUAGUAUUGAAAGCAUUGACUCAAAGUGGCUUUUCGUUGAACAUUGAAAAGUGCAAGUUUUUGAAAACCGAAAUCGAGUAUCUUGGCCGAGAGGUUUCUGUUGAAGGAAUAAGGCCUGGAAAGUCAAAAAUAGAAGUUCUCGUCAAAUCAAUUCCACCUGCAAAUGUGAAACAAGUUUGA